AUGGAGACUGGCAUUACCUUAACAGAGCACAACCUGAUUAGCCCCAUAAGUGACAUACUCCAAGAGUGGUCUCAACAGGCACAAAAACCUGCUGGAGCAAAAUCCACUCCAUGGAGUCAGCUGCCACACAGCAGCUCAUACAUUGUGGGUUUGGCCUAUCCUCAUAGCCAAGGAUUGGCUGCCAUUACCUGGACCUGGGGCAUUGGGUCUACAGGAAGUCGGGCCUACAUGUUGGAGCACCACUGCUCUGAUAACCCCCUUGUUAUUUGCAACCAGCUCACCAUCUUCCACACAGAAGCUGGUGACACUGGCUACUUCACAUGUAGCUACAAGGAUGUGGCUGACAUCAAGGACCCUAAUGGCAAGGCCAGUGUGUACGUAUAUGUCAAAGAUGACAACCAGAUCUUUGCUCAGACGUACAAUGAUAAGCCACUGGUAAUUGCUGUUUUUACUGGAACCCAAGAGGUGGUUGUGCCAUGUCGGGUUACUUCUCCUGAUUUCAAUGUCAAGCUUCAGUUGUUACACUCUGCCACAUUCACUUAUGCAAGCCAAGACUGGGAUCCCCGGAAAGGCUUCACUGUGAUCCAACCUUCAUACCAUUUCUAUAGCAGCAUGCUCCAGUGCAUUGCCGAAGUUAAUGGGAAGAUACACAGGUCAUUCUAUCUCCCACAGCGUUUGGAGACCACAUUCAAUGGACGAAUAAAACUGAACUGGGUGUUCAAUCGGCAAGAUUCCAAGACAAUACCCAGGUGUUGCGAAGUUAAAAGGAACUUGUACCAAGGCUCCCCUGUGUACAAAAGCUAUAGUAACUUGACAAUCUGGAAUGUAACUAUGGAAGACAAGGGUUUGUACAUUUGCAGGGAAGACAACAACACUGCCUUGCAAGCCAACAUCACCAUCGUAGUGUACAAAAAAUCAUUCCUCAAUGUGAGCUACAAGAGAAGACACACUUAUGAGGUGACAGCAGGGCAAAGUAUUCUCAAAAUGGGAAUAAGAGUGGAUGCUUUCCCUCGCCCCAAUGUGACCUGGUUCAAAGAUGGAAAGCUACUCCCAAUAAACCAUACCUUUCGGCCUGACCCUCUUAAAUACAAACUCACAAUCCUGGAAGUGAAUGUAAAGCAUGCUGGGAAUUACACUUUUGCUCUGAGCAACACCAAGCAUGGCCUCUACAAAAACCUCACCAUACAACUGAUUGUCAAUGAAAAACCUAAAAUCUAUGAGAAGGAAACAGAUUUGAAGAACAUCCAGCCAGUACUCCUAGGCAGUGAGAAUAUCCUUCGCUGUACAGCAAGUGGCCUGCCUGUGCCCUCCUUCAUGUGGGCCUGGGAGCCCUGCGGCCAGAAAGAUGAGCUAUGUAUGGAACGGGGCAAGCGGAUCCAGCUUUCCAAUGAGACUCUGAAAAGUGAUCUCCCUAUAGACAACAGGAUCCUGUCCAUUGAGGAGAUGGUAGUAACAAACGGGAAAAAAACAAAGACUCUGAGCACCCUGACCAUACUGACCAGCAGCAUUUCUGGUAUAUACUACUGCAUAGCGGUAAACAAAGUUGGCAUUGAUGAGAGAAGUAUACAGUUCUAUGUCUCAGAUGUGGCUGGCUUCAUGGAGGCAGAAUCCCUCAUCUCAGUGAUGGAGGGUUAUGAUGCUCGGCUCAAAUGCAAGGCAGCUAAAUAUAUCUACAAUCAACUUGCUUGGUUCAACCCCCUUGGAGAGAAGUUUCCUGUUACAGACACAGAAAGCUUUAAAAAUAACUACUCCAUCUCAUUGACACUGGUGAUUAAGAAUGUGACACGGAAGGAUAAAGGGCAGUACAAGUGCAAAGCUUGGACUCAGAGGAAUAUCACCCAAAUGAUACAACACAAUACUCAGCUCUUAAUUAGAGAAAGAGUUGCUCCAUUCAUUAUUGAGAAUCUCACCAAUAUUGAGGUCAACAGCAGUGGCAAGAUUUUGCUAGAUUGCAAAGUGAGUGGAACACCAUGGCCUGAGAUCCACUGGUUUAAAAAUGGAAUUCCUGUUCUCCCUGCUUCAGGAAUCUUCUUUGAGAACAACACCCUUAUUAUUGAGAGAGCCAAAAAAGAAGAUGAGGGCUUAUAUCUGUGUAAAGCGACCAAUGAGUUGGGAGAAGUCAGCACAACAGCUCUUAUCACUGUGGGAGUUUCUGAAGAGAAAUCAAACAUUGAAGUCAUCAUUCUUGUUUGCACUGGACUUGCAGCUACCCUUUUCUGGCUUCUUCUAACCUUGAUCAUUCGCAAACUCCAAAAGGCCAGUGUGUCAAAUAUCAAAACUGGCUACCUUUCCAUCAUCAUGGAUCCUGAAAUGAUGCCCGUUGAUCAACAGUGUGAUAGGCUUCCUUAUGAUGACCUGAGGUGGGAAUUCCCUAGGGACCGGUUACAGUUGGGCAAAAUCCUUGGUCAUGGUGCCUUCGGUAAAGUGGUAGAGGCCUGUGCCUUUGGCAUUGACAGAGCUUCAACUUGCAAAACAGUGGCAGUGAAAAUGCUUAAAGAUUGUGCAACUUCCAGUGAGUUUAAGGCUUUGAUGUCAGAAUUGAAGAUCCUUAUUCACAUUGGUCACCACCUCAAUGUGGUUAACUUGCUGGGUGCCUGCACCAAACCUGGAGGUCCUUUGAUGGUUAUUGUAGAAUUCUGUAAAUAUGGAAACCUGGCCAACUUUCUGAGAGGAAAGAGAGGAGAUUUUAUUGCCCUAUUCAAUAUGGAUAAAAAGAUGAAGACCUCUCAUGAUUCUGACUGCAAGCCCACCCAACUAGUUAAGCACCGUCUGGAGAGCAUGGCUAGCACAGGAAGUUCCACCAGCUCUGGCUUCAUUGAGGACAAGAGCUAUAUUGAAUCUGAUGAAGAGGAAGAAAACUUGAAUAAUCUCUACAAGCACUCCCUCACCUUGGAGGACCUGAUCUGCUAUAGCUUUCAAGUGGCAAAGGGCAUGGAAUUCCUCACUUCCAGAAAAUGCAUUCAUCGGGACUUGGCUGCUCGGAACAUCCUUCUUGCUGAUAAUAACAUUGUGAAGAUCUGUGACUUUGGUUUGGCCAGAGACAUCUACAAAGACCCUGACUAUGUCUGGAAAGGAGAUGCAAGACUCCCACUUAAGUGGAUGGCGCCUGAAGCCAUUUUUGAUAAGGUAUAUACUACCCAGAGUGAUGUCUGGUCAUUUGGAGUCUUGCUGUGGGAAAUAUUCUCUCUGGGUGCCUCACCAUACCCAGGAGUGCAAAUAGAUGAAGACUUCUGCCGUCAGCUUAAGGAGGGUAAGAGAAUGAAAUUUCCUGAAUAUUCCACUCCUGAAAUCUACCAGACUAUGCUUGAAUGCUGGCACAGUGUGAGCACCUUGAGACCUAACUUCUCUGAACUGGUCAGGCGUCUUGGAGAUCUCCUUCAGGCCAGUGUUCAACAGGAUGGCAAAGACUACAUACCCCUCAAUGGAACUGGUGGAACACCCACAUUCAUGGCCCUGGAUCCUGUACAAGAGAUCAUAAGCAAUAAUAUCACCAUGGAAUCCAGCAUUGAACCCCAGAAAUAUCCACGGACUGAGUUAUUUGAUGAGAGGAAGGUAUCCAAGGAAAUUGAGGAAGCCGUACUUGAGGACAAUGAAGGAGAUUAUGCAACUGUGCUGAACUGGGAUGAGAUCAAGAGUCAGAAGCGCCUGGAAAUUCACUCUUGGCCACAUGGAAUCAUGGCUUUAGGGUACCCUUAUGACAUGAAUGUUUCUACAUUUAAUUUUGUUCCAUAG